GCAGCCCUGACUUGCGAGGCGGGACUUCCGGCGGCGGGCCAUGCAGGCUGCCGGCACCCGCGGGUCCCUCCUCUCUGGCGGGGUGAGCAGGAGUUCUCCCUCCGUGCGGGCAGCGUUUCCCAGCUCCGCCGGCUCUGGGCUGAGGCCGCGAUCCUGCGCUGGAGGCAGCGCCCUCGUAGCGUGGCCGUCGGGUCGGGGAGCGCGCAAGGGCCGGACCAGGAGACGCAAGUACCCCCGCGCGCCGGCCGGCUCCUCGCCGCCCGCCUGACGCGAAGAGGGGCGGCGCCAGGCCCGCCCCUCCCCGCGGAGCGGGUCCUCAUUCCUGCGGCCCCGGGUCUUGCAGAAGCCUCGGGCUCCCCGUUUGGGCGCAGAAGCCGCGGAGGUGUGCGCGGCGCCCGAGGGGUGUCCGUGUGCUGGAGUCCGUGUCCGUUUUGGAGUGAGGGUGGUGGUGGUCUGGGCUACUGAGACCCGAAGAUCGGAUCCUUCUUUCCUCAUCUUCCUCGGGGGCGCCCUGGGUUCGGCUUCCUGCUUCUCUGCCUGCAAACCUAGCCGUGCUGUUUGGUAGAAGUCAUCAGUUGCCAGAAGAACUGAAGCGUGGUUGUGGUUGGUUUGUUUCGGACCUAGGUGGCGAAAGAGGAGCAGACUGUGACCCUGCCCUGCCCUGCAGAGCCCAGCGUUGGGCCGAAUGGCAGCACCCCCGCUGUGCCGUCUGGUGCUGACCCACCUGCUGGUGGCCCUCUUUGGCAUGGGCUCUUGGGCUGCCAUCAACGGAAUCUGGGUGGAGCUGCCUGUCGUAGUAAAAGACCUCCCCGAGGGUUGGAGCCUCCCCUCCUACCUCUCUGUGCUUGUAGCGCUGGGGAACUUGGGUCUGCUGGUGGUGACCCUGUGGAGGCGGCUGGCUCCCGGGAAGAGCGAGCAGGCCCCCAUCCAGGUGGUGCAGGCGCUGAGUGUGGUGGGCAUGGCGCUCCUGGCCCCGCUGUGGCACUAUGUGACCCCAGUGGCGGGGCAGCUCCACUCUGUGGCCUUCCUAACGCUGGCUUUGGUGCUGGCGCUGUCCUGCUGUGCCUCAAACGUCACUUUCUUGCCCUUCUUGAGCCACCUGCCGCCUCCCUUCUUGCGCUCUUUCUUCCUGGGUCAGGGCCUCAGUGCCCUGCUGCCCUGCGUGCUGGCCCUGGUGCAGGGCGUAGGUCACCUUGAAUGUCUGCCGGCUUCCACCAAUGCCACCCUCUGGCUCCCGCACGACUUCCCAGAGCGUUUUCCCGCCAGCACCUUUUUCUGGAUGCUGACUGCUCUCCUGGUCACUUCAGCUGCCGUCUUCCAGGGCCUGCUGCUGCUAUUGCCGUCACUGCCGUCUGUACCCACAGCAGGUCCAGGGUCUGGCCUGCCGGUGAGAGCCCCCGGAGUGGAGGAGGAGCAGGAGGAGGAAGAGGCCCUGCCGCUGCAGGAGUCACCGAGUCAGGCAGCAGGCGCUCCCGCUAGCCCGGACCCCAAGGCCCAGCGGCUGCUCUCCGCGCACAGCGCCUGCCUGCUGGGCCUGCUGGCCGUCACCAGCGCGCUGACCAACGGCGUGCUGCCCGCCGUGCAGAGCUUCUCCUCCUUGCCCUACGGGCGCCUGGCCUACCACCUGGCAGUGGUACUGGGCAGCGCCGCCAACCCCCUCGCCUGCUUCCUGGCCAUGGGCGUGCUGUGCAGGUCUCUGGCAGGGCUGGGAAGUCUCUCCAUGCUGGGCGUGCUCUUUGGGGCCUACCUGGUGGCGUUAGCGAUCCUGAGUCCUUGCCCACCCCUGGUGGGCGCCUCUGCAGGGGUGGUCCUUGUGGUGCUGUCUUGGGUGCUGUGUUUGGGUGUGUUCUCGUACGUGAAGGUGGCCGCCAGCUCCCUGCUGCAUGGUGGCGGCCGGCCGGCAUUGCUGGCGGCAGGCGUGGCCAUCCAGGCGGGCUCCCUGCUCGGUGCUGUCGCCAUGUUUCCUCUCACCAGCAUCUAUCACGUGUUCCGCAGCGGGAAGGACUGCGUGGACCAGUGUGGUCCCUAAGCCUGGGCAGAUGGGGACCUGAUCUCAGCCUGGGAUGCCACGGCGCCCGUGUGCCCAUGACCCCAGGAGGGCAUCUUCACACACGGGCACUCUCACGGACACCUGCACACUCCACAGCAGACACUGGCCAGGCUGGGGACCACAGAA